CUUGCACUCAUUAGCUGAAACCUCGUCAGAGGUCAUCCUGUCACACCCGAAGAUGGGAUGGACACCUAUCCCUGUUGUGCACUCCAAAUACACUGAUCCCAUUCCGAACAUGACCGCCGUAGUGGCCGAUGUAGUCGAUCCAAGGGAUGCAUCAGUGGCUGUAAAGAUUCGGGCAAUGCUUCAAACAAAAGACUCGAUAGAUGCUGCUCACUUGAAGGCCGUUCGAAAACUCAAGAAUUCGAAGUUGAUGACCGUAUUCCUGUGCUGUUUGGCAGAUGUACCGGAUACCGCCGACUUACAGACACACAUACGAGAUCAAGAUUAGGGAAAUGCCUGUUCCGGCG